CCAACGUGAUAAAAAACAGCUGCCAACAGUACUCUGGAUUACAGCGUUUGUAUGCGGCUGCAUUGGUUUUGUCUUGCACAUAUUCUUGGCAUUUAUUCGAAGGUUUCGAACACUCUUUCCUCUUAAUGUGAUCACAGUAUCAUUCGCGAUCAUAUUAUGGUGUGUAGUGGUUGCUGUAUACUGUCGUGAAUUAUGCUGGGUAUACAUCUUGAUUGCGCUGGGUUCAACAGCUGUUAUAGGACUAUCAGCAUCGCUUAUCGGUUUCAAAUCAAAACCUCUAUCAGCUGUUGGAUAUUGCUUCUUCAUCGUAAUCAGUAUGAUAUUCAUUAUCAUCGGAAUUAUGUUCCUCUUUCAUCAUCAAUUAUUCGGUUUUCCAUUCCUUAUAUUAUAUGGCGUGUUUAUUGGCAUUGGAAUAGCUGUU